CAAGCGUGUCUGUACACAAAGGGGGCGUUUUAUCUAUCGUUUCAAGCUCUACAGUGCUUCGGUGGUACCUGCCUACUAAAUGAUGGAUGGGGAACACCAGGAUGAUCCAUUACACAAGGAAAUCCCUCCACACAGUGACAGCAAUCGUGAUGUGGAGAAGACUUUAUGUGACAUGGAGAAAGCUUUAUGUGACAUAAAAAAGAAUGCAGAAGAGAACAGCUCAAGUGAUGACAGUUCUUCUGAUGACGUAGAAGACAGAACUCUGGAUUCAAACAGCCUAAGUGAACCAGAUCCUCUUCAAUCCAAUGCAGAACACCCCUGCCAUAAUGACAACGUUGAAUCUUCCCCAAAAAAGUCAGCACAAGCUAAAAAACCUCAGCGCAAAAGAUUUGCUCCAAGGAAAGGUACACGGUCCAGCUUACGUUCCAGUACUAAGGUGACUGUCAGUGCCAGUAGUACCACAGAUGAAAGAAAAUGGGACAAAAAACAUUUCUGCUUGUAUUGUAGUGAACCACACCACAAAAUAGCCAGGCAUUUGGAAAGGGUGCAUGCAGAAGAAGCAGCUGUUGCUCAUGCUAUCAGCUUCCCAAAACUCUCCAAAAUCAGGUCUCUCUUACUGGACCAACUUCGCAACAAAGGCAACUAUGAACACAACUUUGAAGUUCUUCAAAGUGGAGAUGGGGAAGUUGUGACUAAGAAAAUACCUUGUUACGAUGGUGUUUCUGUGCGUGAUAGCCUGCCUUGUCAAUAUUGUUUGGGUUUUUUCAACAAAAUAGAUUUAUGGAAGCAUGAGAGCUCAUGUAAAGCCAGAAAAGGGCAAGAUGAAAGGAAGGGAGGAAAGAGAAUACGAGUCCAGGCUGCGUCCUCUCGACUUCUUCCAUUGCCUGUCUACUCUGCUGGAGGAUGUGAGGAAAUCAUACACAAUAUGAAUCAAGAUGACAUCUUAUGCCAUAUAAAAAAUGAUCCUCUGAUAUGUAAAUAUGGCAGUGCACUAUCUGCAAAGCAUGGCCAUGCCAGGUCACAGUUUACUUACAUUGGAUCCAAAAUGAGGGAAUUGGCUAGAUUUGUGCUUACUGUAAAUGAGAUGGACUGUGGUGUCCAAUAUUUACAUGAAGUAUGUGUACCAUCCAAAUUCAAAUUGGCAGUUCAUGCUGCCAGGAAAAUGAGUGGUUUUGAUCCUGCUUCAGACCGGUACAAGACUCCAUCACUUCCUUUAAAGAUUGGCUACUCCUUAAAAAGAGCUACCGAAAUAGCUUUUGGAGAGAGUCGUAUGACUGAGGACUGUGAGGCGGAGAAACAAGCCAAAAGGUUCAUUGAACUUCUUGAAAAUGAUUGGAAUAAAUGUUUUUCCAGUCUGUCUCUUAACGCUAUACCUCAAUGUGAUGAAGUUGAUGUGUCUUCACUGACAGAGGAUUUGAUCAAACUUCAACAAUUUCUCAAGGUUGCAGAGGACACAGCAAAGCAAGAAUUGCUUGAAAAUCCCACCAAUGCCGUCUGGAAGAAGCUCAAUGAAACUCUUCUUGCACAGAUUGCUCUUUUCAACAGAAAAAGAACAGGAGAGGUUGCAAAAAUGCUUUUGGAAACGUACACCAACAGGAAGAAAGCUCCAGCUAGUGCCGACAUUUUCAAUAGCCUGUCAAGGCUGGAGCAAGAGCUUGGUGAUGACAAAUUAACCAGGGUGGAAAUAGAAGGCAAAAACGGUAGAACCAUGCCGGUCCUAAUAACGGGCAGGAUGAUCUCAUCUCUUGACAUCCUUAUUGCAAACAGAGACAAGGUUGGAGUGUCAAAAGAAAACCCUUAUGUUUUUGCACGAAGUCUGGAUGCAGCAAGCUAUGUCAGAGGGUCUGACUGUCUGAGGAAAUUUGCUUAUGAGUGUGACGCGAACAAUCCUGAAAGUCUGAUCCACACAACAGUAAGGAAAGAGGUGGCUAUACAUUGCCAAAUAUUGAACUUGAAUGAAAGUGAAUUGGAUCAAGUGGCAAAGUUAUUGGGACAUGACACGCAGGUCCACAAAGAAUACUACAGACUAGCUGAAAACGCAGCACAUCUAGCGGAAAUCAGCAAAUUGCUGCUUGCAAUGGAUCAGGUUCCAGUUGUAAUUCCAGGCCCAUCUGAGGAAAUGGUUGUCGCUACACAUGGCACAUAUCCCACAGAGACAUAUUCAGCUAAGUCCUAUACAAUGGGGGCGCAGGCUUCAAGGUCUUAUAACACUGGGACACAUCCUGAGAAGUCAUUUUCGUCGGGAUCCCAUCCCGCACGGCCAUAUUCGGCAGGGACAGGUUCGGCGAGGGCACAUCCCACCGGGAUGCAUUCCGCGGGUACCUAUUCAGCAGGUUCCUAUGGCGCAGGAACCUGCCCCGCCGAAACCCGCUCUGCCAGGUCAGACACAGCUGCGACACAUUUUACAAGAUCAUACCCUUCGAGUCCUUAUGACCUCUCAUCUCCUGCGAGGCCGUAUGCUUCAGGGGUGAAUCCUACAAGGACAUAUCCUGAAGGGACGUAUCCUGUGGAGACCCAGUUUGCUAGGUCAUAUCCUGCUGAAACGCUUCCCGCCCAACCGCUUCUGGUGCGUACGGUCAUAACACCUACACUACAUACGCAGACUCCUGUUGGCGGCACGGGGCCUGCCGUUGCAGUUCCUCUGGGGACCGUUUCCGGGAGGACAGGUUCUGCGGUCACUGUUAAGGUGUGGAAACAGAGGCCGUGGAGUGAUGCAGCCAAGGCAGCUGUGAGGCGCCAGAUGGGACACUUUAUCUCAGUGAUGGAGGUUCCCGGAAAACAGGACUGUGAGAUGUGCCUGCACAAUGAACCAGCUCUACAAGACAGGACGUGGAGGGACAUCAAAAACUAUGUGUACAACACGGUGAAUUCGAUUAAAAGGAAAAAGGGGCUUAUUAGAAGGGAUCCCAGGAAACGGACGAAGAAAGGAGUCGCAAAGAAGCCGACUGAAACCAAAGAGGCAGAUGGAGCUAUGGAAGGGGUUAGUGGAACAAUGACUAUACCUGGAGAGGGUCAGGGGGAAAGGCUGGAGGCAGGUACAAUAGCUGUAAAGACCCCAAGGAAACAGAAGAUGUGGAGUGACGAGGCUCGUGCUGCAGUAAGGCGACAGCUGGGAGAUUUCACUAAACUGAUGAAGAUUCCAGGUAAAAGGGAAUGUGACGCAUGUAUUGCGGCUGAACCAGCUCUACAAAGCAGGACAUGGAAAGAUGUCAAGAACUAUGUUCGUAACACAUUAAUGACUAUGUGCAGGAGGCAUAUUUCAGGCAAACAAAAUAUGGACCAUGAAAAACCAAGUAUUAGGACACCUAAACCAGCGGUGCCACAGAAUCCAGAAGUGCAUCUGAAACCAGGGGUGCCACUGGGACUUCCAGAAGAGCCUCCUGUCUAUCUGUACCUAUAACUUGUCUUUUAAAUGUGACCAAUCCUUGCUCACUCUAUCUCUUUCUGACAUAAGUUAAAGGGAUUGUUGGUCCAAAAAUCAUGUUUCGGUGACAGUCCACUUUCCCUGAGUUUGUCCUUCACAUAGUCAUUUUUUCAAACAUUACCUUAUUCAACUCUGUCCCAGUCUGUAUUUAGCGUAAUUAGCAACGUACAAAUUCAUGAAUGUAAACCAUACAUUCCACUACCGCAAAGCUGCAUUGCAAGCGGAAAACUACUCAAAGUUAAGUGGUGUUGUUUACCUCAAAGUUCAUAACGAUGUUGUGUUCCUUGAAAAUAAAGUUUCAAAUUUUGCGAUUUAAUUCUCUAUUUCAAAUAAACGGGUACUUCCUGUGUUUACCAUUCAGUGUUGUUCACAAUUGUAUCAAUCCACGCGUAAACUAUAGGAUUCGCUAGCUAGAAUGCAAGUUAUUUUAUCUUUGAUAUUUACCCCGGACAUUCAAACUUUAUUUGCUUGAGAGAGAAAGGAAAAUACAUAGACUAUCUAUUAUUUCUGACUCAGAAUAUGAGCAGGAAGAAAUUUUUGGGGGGGAUACAGCCUUACUUGUUCUAACCAUAAUACACAUGAUGAAUUGACCGAAUAGAAGCUUGGACAGCAGUUUGAAGGGGGGUGAUGGUGAACCCGUUAAUCCCCAACCCUUGUCCAGAAUAUCCGGAGGCAGUGUGUACGUUGUGUAUUAUAACAUAGCAAUUGGAAGUAUUACUUUAUCUGUCUUGUCUCCACGGGUUGAACUGUGUAACUUGAUGCAAUUGCUCUGUAAAAUGCUUCUCGCAAACUUUGCAUGUGUAGUUGGUGAAGAUACUCCAUUGAUUCUCCCACAAUGCAACACGGGAGAGGCAGACGUAUUGUCCCAAUUGUAGAGCGGGUAGAAUUUAAUUUAAAACCAAAAACCCCGGUAGCAGGCAAACCGUGUGGUCAAGAUGUGAUCAUGCAGAAGUCGAUCCAAAGGAAAUGCAGAAGUUCAAAGUUUAUUUAUCAAAUGCACAGAAUAACACAGCGUCAUCCUGCACUAUGAAAUUCCUGUGACAUGGCACACGACAUCUAUGUAGUAAGAAUUAAGAGAUAUAUAAAGAAAAAAGAGCGGGAAAAAGGAGCAAUAAUACAGACUAGGAUAAGCUAAUUCGUAAACACGGAAGGCAUUUUAGGAUCAAAGAAGUUUAGAAAGCUAUCACAAACUCUUGAAUGGGCUUAGUAUUUCGGUGAUGGGGAGCUGGGAGGAGUGCUGUGUUUGUUGUGAUUGGGAUCUGGAGGAUCUUGGGAUCGGUCGUCUAGGUGAUGGGGUUGGCAACUAGUGAAACCUCAAGUCUCCCCUCCCACGUACCUUUCUUAUGAUCAUGGCAUUUUCCACAAUAACAAAUAUUAUUCUGAAGUCCACUGACGAAAAUGGGCCAGCUGGGCAAAGCAACCUGUAAUCACAAAGCUUGUUGAGAUUAGAUGCUGUGUAUGGUGGCUAUUGGAAAUAGUCGGCUAGUGCCAGUUUGAAUUCGGCCAAUUCUGCCAGCUGUUUCGUCAGUGUAGAGUUAAAAAAUACUGAUACCGCGACAGAUAACUGAAUGUAGUUUAAAGUGUAUUGGAGUAGUUUUCCGCUUGCAAUGCAGCUUUGCGAUAAAGGUAUGUACCCUUUCCAUUUAUGAAUUUGGACAAUGCUAAUAACGCUAAUUACUGAAUGGGACAGAGCAGAAUAAUGGAUUGUUUGAAAUAAUGUCUGUAUUCCGGAAUAUCGUUUGAUAAGUGGACUUUGAGGAAGAAGAAAAAAUAAUUGGACCAACUAUCCCUUUAAGCAUUAAGUCUUAUUUUAAGUAUGUUUCGCUAGCAACUUUAUUCUACAAAUCUAUAAUUCACAAAUAGGCUACAUACCAUGAAUCAAUAUGUGUUUAAACAACUUUUAGCAAACUGCACAUUGUCAAACUUGUUGAGUGUAGGAAAGUAAGAAUGGACUAAACUGCUUGUUUUCUAAAACAGAAAUGUGUAUAUAGACAGGCCGCCUUUUGGGUCAGCAAGGACUUCAUCAUGGAUGCACAUCUGGAAUUAAAACCCAUCUCAUGUUUCCAUUUAAAUAAUUUAAAAUCCUGUGCUGCAUAAACAUUUUCAAAAUAAUUGACUGAAAUACACAAGGUCCAAAGGUACUCAAGCACUUUCAAUAAUCCACAGGGAAAUCCUUGACCCGUCACUCGAAAGACUCUUGGGUUGGGUGUCUGCAAGUUAAUUUUAUCAGUAGAGUGGGCACGUUAAUCUGACUUAUUGGAUGAACGUGCAGUGUGUAAAGAAGCAGAAUGUCUUAAUAUAGAUGCUUAGAUGGGUAGGACGCAGUACAGGAUUCCUCCUAAAAUAUUAGAAUCACCAAAUAAUUUGACUUAUUAUUUUGCCUCAGUAAAACAGGGAAUAAUGGAAUUCCACAAUCCAGUUCCUUGAAGGGGCUGUAUGUAAAUAAUAAAUGUGUCUCUGUGGAAGCAAUCAUUAGAUCUUUUUAAGAUGUUUCAUAGUGAUUUUGAUUGCAUUACCAACACUAUUCAGUAACUGAUCACUUAAACAGCAAGUGUGCAUGUGUCAAAUUUUAUCUGUUGGAUUUCACUUGACCCAGUUUGCCAUUAUUCGUUAACGGGUUUGAAGAUCAAGUCUUUUAGUGAUUGAGGAAGGGGAGGGUGUAGCUGUUCCAUAUUGUAGCAGAAGCUGGUGUUUCUAUUUUUUUUGGGAUGUUCACCUGAAAUAAUUUCUGGUAAAUACAUUUUGUGAAACAUCAGAGCAGAUCAUUGGCAAAGUGUGGUUUAUUUGCUCAUUUAUCCCAAUAAUAGUUGAAGAGACUGUAAACACUUCUUAUACAGUGGAUAUGAAAAGUCUACACACCCCUGUUAAAAUGCCAGGUUCUUGUGAUGUAAAAGAAUAGGAC